AUGGCGAAACCGAUAUCAAAACUUAAUAAUUCGAAGGUCAAUGCUCUUGUAACAAUAAUUUUUUUAAUAGCUUACCUUCGAGUGUUCGAACCCACGGUGUGCCUUGAAGAUCUCGAUUUCAGAUUGACACACGACGUCGUACCAAUCAAAUACGUUCUGCAGUUGCAUCCGAAUUUUGAGACCGAACAGUUCAGCGGAGAAGUUACAAUAACAAUUCAAACAUUCACGAAGAAAAGAUUUAUCGCUGUUCACGCGAAGGAUUUAUCGAUCAGAUCUGUAAGAUUAUUACGAUUAAAACUAAGCAAUGGGACAUCUGAGGUAAGCGGGCAAGUAGACCUCAAAAAUCUAUUCGUCGUGGAAAAAUUCGAUAUGCUCGUUAUCGAAACAGCGUUCAACAUUUCCGCCGGGUACUACAGACUGCGUUUUGAGUUCGGGGGAAUAAUGUCGAGGAAUAAUAAAGGAUUUUUAAUGAGGAAUGUUUCCGAUAGCUAUUCGAGUCGUACAAGGAAACUGGCUAUGACUCAUUUCGAACCGACUUACGCACGUUACGUUUUCCCCUGUUUCGAUGAGCCUGAAUUCAAAACUGUAUUUGACAUUAGCGUUAUCCAACCGAACUCCGAAAACUAUUGUUCCUUGUCAAAUAUGCCUGUGCAGCAUUUGGCUCGUGGGGUCCCGUUGCCAGAGCUUACGACGGUUUAUUUCAAACAAUCUUGGCCAACAUCAACGCAUCUGAUCGCAUUGAUCGUUACCGAUUUCGUCAAUCAAACGAUCUUCCUUGCCAAACGGUGGGAAACAUUCGAUGUCAUCCCUUUGACAAUUUGGACGUCGAACCCAAACAACUUGUACCUUGAUCUCGCUCUUUACAUCACACACAAGUCGAUGGAUCUCUAUAUGCGCCUCUUUCGUCUGAAUUAUCCAUUGGAAAAAAUCGAUAUAGUUAUCAUUCGUGGAUUCGUACCUGGCUCAACAGAAAACUGGGGCCUCGUAUUUUUGGAGGAGCCUUCGGCUGUUUACUUUGCCAGAGCAAAUUCGGUCAUCGACGUGAAAAUAGUGACGAAUCGGAUCUCUAAUGGGCUGGUCCGUAUGUGGUUUGGGAAUCUCGUUACUCUCAACUGGUGGAGCGAUUAUUGGCUCAGAGAUAGUUUUGCAACGUAUAUGCAAUAUUUUGUUACCAAUUGGAUAUUUCCCGAAUGGAAACAGACUUCGCAUUUCAUCGUUGAAGCGAAAUACCCAUCGAUGGAAAGAGACGCCCUGAUCUCGUCCCUACCGAUGGUCCACUCGGUAAACAGUUCCCUCGAGAUUCGUCAGUACGUCAACUCAAUUUUUUCAGGAAAGGGUGCCUCUAUAAUACGGAUGCUGUACCACGUGAUAGGAGAUCCGUUUUUUUUCCAUGGCAUCGCUAAUUUCCUUCGAGUCUUCAGAUACAACAUAGCAGGCUCCAAAGAUUUUUUCUUAUCGUUACAAAGAUAUUACAGCGGUGAAGAGAGCUUGAUUCAAUUGGUCGGAACGUGGACGGAACAACCAGGAUUUCCGGUAUUGAAUAUCGAACGAAUGAAUCAUAACUAUUACAUAACUCAAUCGAGAUUCCUGUGGAACAAUCGCACGGUCCUGGAUCCACUCGAUUCGCCAUAUUCACAUAAGUGGGACUUGCCGAUUUUUUAUACUACCAACAUAAACAGCGGUGCGAAAUUAAUAUUUGUCCCUCAUACCACGAGAAAAGGCAAGUCCUCAGGGCGUUUACGAAUGAUUGUUAUGAAAAUAUCCUGUGCUGUACACAUGGAAGAAAGUGUGACUCAUGUGUCCAAUGCAUUUCGAUCGUGGAUGGAAAAUCCAAAUUGCAGACCUUUUCCAGACAUUAAGGAUUUGAUUUAUAAUUAUGGAAUGGCAUAUGCCGGUGAAAAGCUCGAGUGGGAGAUCGUUCGUGAACUUUUUUCGACGGAGCCAGAUUAUCAGGAACGUCACAGACUCAUGAUCAGUCUUACCGCGAUUCAGCGGCCUGAGAUAUUGCUUUCAUAUCUCGAGGAUUCAAAAGAUCUCAAAGUCAUGAACAACGAAGAGUAUUUGAUGGUGCUUCGCGCAGCGGCACUGAAUUCUCUGGAUUCGACAGUCUGGAGUUUUUACAAAAAAAAUUGGCAUUUUCUCGCGUCUCGAUACUCCGAGGAUGACAACGAAUUCGCUCGUUUGAUAAUUCCCAUAACUUCUCGGUUUCGGGACAGCAAUUUAUACGGGGAGGCGAGUGGAAUCCGGUCGAUUUUUUGGCAGCCUCUUUGUCACGAAAAAUUCAAUUAUUUAUUUGUUACAUUGGAUCGCCAGGUCAGAGAAUUCUUCAAGAAUCAUCCAUGCGGUGAAUUAAGGGCAAACGCGAGGGAAGAAGCUUUGGCAAUAAUUCGAAACAACGUCCUUUGGAUGGAGGAAAAAUACAACCAUUUUAAAGGAUGGUUUGAAACUCGGCUUGGGAAUUAA